GAAAAAGUCGCAACUUUUCCAUUCCCCUUCACCUCUUUUUACUUUCCACCGAUCCUUUUUCCACUGAUCCUUAUUCCUGAAGGAAUAAGUUGUAGCUUCGAAACCGAAACCCUUUUUCAAUUACAUCGACAUAGUUGUACCUACUAAGAUAAUCAUUUUUCUUCAGUAACAUCAUUGCUAACUACAGCUGCAGAAGGAUUAGCAGCCUCCAUCUUCAACAGAUUCGCUACCACAGCUAGUUCCUCUUCUUGUUCUUGUUGGUUCUCGAAAAUAUACAGCUAACGCUUCUUCUUCGUCUAGAAACAUUCUUGGCCCAAGAUGUCCCGCUUCGUGAAGUCGUGUGUGAUUCUGGUCGUUUCCGCGGAUGCCCUUCAAAUUGCUCGCAAGAAAAAGGAAAUAAACAAGGGCUCCAGUUGGUUUUCAAACAAUGUGAUUUCGGUACUAAUAACGUGUUUAUUUUUAGUCCCCUUAACUGAGAUGCAUACAAAAAAAAACACAACACAAAAAAAGGGAAGACGCGCAAAUAUCGGGUCGCUUGAAAGUCGUCGCGUUUGAAAAAAGGGAGGGCUUGAAUUGCCGCGUUACCAAGGAGGGGAAGGAGAUGGCCGGGUCUUGCCAGAGCGAGCCGCGCCCUGCGAGAGAGAGCCGCGCCAUGCAAAUGUGCGCCGCGUCUUGCGAGGGAGUGCGCGCCGCAGGUAAGGCGCGGCCUUGUCUUGCCGAGCCGCGUCUUGCUCUUGCGAGUGCGAGGCGCGUCCUGCGGGUGCGGGUCGCGUCUUGCGAGUGUGGGCCGCGUUCUGCGGGUGCGAGUCACGUCUUGCGAGUGCGCGCCGCGUCGUGUGAGUGCGAGCCGCGUCGUGUGAGUGCGAGCGCGGGCCGCGUCUUGCGAAACACGUCCUGCGAAUGUGAGUUAGUCCGUCGCGUUCUGCGAGUGUGAGUCGCGGGCGUCUUGUCAGUGCAGCGAGGCGCGUCGUGCGGGUGUGAGUCGCGUCGUGUGAGUGCGAGCCGCGUCGUGCGAGUGUGGGCCGCGUCUUGCGAGUGCGGCUGGGGGGGUGCUUAAGAUGAGAAGGCGAAAGCACUAAACCACAGGAAGGGCUUUAUAAGUGUAGAAGUGCCCCGCGUCGACUUACCUUCACAACAAAGAGCAGCAAGAAUGGUCAAGAGUCUCCAGACUGCUUCAUGUUCUGCACCCCCUUAGGCGUAUCUUUCAACUCAGCCACUGACUAGAUUCAUUAGCGCUUAGACUUGGCACACUGCUGCUACUACUACCUCGACUACUCCUACUACUUUAGGCAGGUGGAAGGAGGUCUGCCAGUGGUAUGAAGGUCGAGGACAUUAUAAGAUGAAAGUAGGCUUGGCGUCCUCUUUUUCUCUCUUCUCCUUGUGGUUCAUCCGCAUCACUCAUCAAUCCAUCCUCAUCUUUUCAACCUUCAUCUUUUCAACCCUCAUCUUUUCAAUCCUCAUCUUUUCAAUCCUCAUCUCUUCAAUCCUCAUCUCUUCAAUUCUCAUCUUUUCAAUCCUCAUCUUUUCAAUCCUCAUCUUUUUUCAAUCUUCAUCUUUUCAAUCUUCAUCUUUUCAAUCCUCAUCUUCAAUUCUCAUCAGCGCGGAUUUACUGCUAUGAAAAACGGGGCGAACGUCGCGAUUACGACAUCCGGAAUUAUUAUGGUCAACAGUCUAAUGUAAGGACUUGCUCAUCUACUUCAAGUAGGUCUUCUUGUAUACGAGGAUAGUGGUUGUGCUCUAGAGUACUGAUAUUAUUAAGUAGCUGCGCAUUAACUUUAACUAACUUAUAUGCAUGAUGCCAGCACUUGCGCUCCCACUUAUUGAGAACCCGCCAAGUUAUACUAGGAAAGUCAUGUCGUUCCUAAGUUCAGGAUCAUAGUGCAUUCAAUCAAUUCAAUCAUAGGCAGCUACUAGGUAUUUACCUGCUCCUUCCAUCUAGUAUUUACACCAUGGGAAAGUAGAACAACAAGGAAAUAUGCAUCAUGGGAAAGCAGAAUGGCCUGUAGAUACCCCCACUUUUCCUAUAUGCUCGUUUCUAAUGAAUAAGUACCUUGAUUGGUAGUUUACUGGUCUCCUUGUUAGUCACCGUCCAGUCAAUUCACCAUCCUCACCCUCAUUAUAAUAUCAAUCUGCAUAGCUAGGGGGGCAUCUUCUUCAAAGAAACUACAUCAAAUAGAAGAAAAAAGAAUACACACGCAUCUUCUUUCUUCAAAAAGAAUUUAAUAGAGGUAGAUACUUUUUUUUUACCCUCCGUCCACCUGGUGCCCCUGAGGAGCCUCUCCUUGUAAGUAUCUCUGCCCCUCCGCCUGUCCGACCUAUUUCUCCCGCCUGUCGGUCCCUAUCUUGUUCUUCUAAUAUGGCGGUCGGGCUCCAAGCACUGAAAUUUAAUCGGUGCAGGGAGAUCAACCAGGACCUAGUCAAGGAUGCAUGCAGCGGCGAAGCGAAAGAUCCUGACUCGAGAGUCACUGACCAUAUGAUCCAGACGUCUCUCGACUAUUACAAGAAAGACAUGGACGAAGUGGUCAAGCGCGCGCAUAACAUUAAGAAAGAUAUACCUUGUUUUUGAUAUCAAAGAAAAAGAUACAACGAGCAUGACAAAAAUAUAGCACUUUAAAGCAAUAAGGCAUACCGACUUCCACUCACGACUUGGCCCAUCGAUCUCGUUAUUUAUAUGAGUCGAUGUAAGAGCGAACUACUCCUAAUUUAUCUGGUAAAGCACUUAGGCCCCGCGACUGGGCGCACUGCCAUUACUACUUCCACUGGGUUCUUAUGGGAAUGCUUGCAGUUACCGGACUCACGCUAGGGCGUCGAAUAGUUCCGACCUUUCCAAUUUCAAAAGGAAAUAGCUACCAUGGGUCUGGGCCCGUUCUUGGGUCGUUGGUAGACCGCGUGAAUUGA